GGCGGAGUCAGAGAUGCUGAAGAGUAUAAAAACCCCUAAAUCAUAUCGACACACACACACACUCUAACACACUCACACACAUACACACACACAUACAGACACAUAUACACACACACGCUCCGGACGUGAGGCACAGAGUGUCAGCCUGAGGGUGCAGGUUGAGAGACAUGGAGCUGCACACGGUGUGUGUUCUCCUCCUGCUGGCGGUGUGUGUGGGAGCUACACCUGAUCGCUACUACGUCCAAAAACAGCAGUCAUAUCCUGUCAAGGCCCAGGAACUUUCAGGUGCUCCAGGUAUCCCAGGGGAACCUGGCCUCCCGGGUCCCCCUGGUCCCCCUGGUCCCCCAGGAAUGAGUGUGAUGGGUCAACCGGGACCAAGGGGACCUCCUGGACCACCUGGACCAUCAGGAUAUUCUUCACCUGGAAAGCCUGGAAGUCCAGGUUCACCGGGAAAACCAGGUGAAAAUGGAAUGCCUGGAGAAAGAGGACAUCCUGGACCUGGAGGACCCCAAGGAGCAAGAGGAUCUCCGGGAGCCCCCGGCAGCCCUGGUCCUGCUGGUUUCUCCGCUCCUGGAAAGCCAGGACCUCACGGUCUACCUGGGGCAAUGGGGCCUAAAGGAGAACCUGGUGCAAAAGGACUUCCAGGUAUUCCUGGCCUACCUGGACACAAAGGUGAACCAGGUCAUGGUGUGCAAGGACGUCCUGGUGCACCUGGCCAAAUGGGUCCAAUGGGUCCUUCAGGUCAGCCUGGUCAACCUGGAAUUGGAAAACCUGGUGCAACUGGAUACCCUGGGGAACCCGGAAAGUCAGGUAUGCCAGGUAGAGAUGGGACUCCAGGUCCCAUGGGUGCACAAGGCCCAAAGGGAACCCCAGGCGCUCCGGGUAUAGGUGCACCAGGUAAACCAGGUCAGAACGGUGCUCCAGGAUUGCCUGGCCCAAUGGGACAUAAAGGUUAUCAGGGACCAGCUGGACAACCUGGAGCUCCUGGUCUUCCAGGUGUUGGCAAAUCUGGAGCACCUGGGAUUCCAGGAAACACAGGUGCACCUGGCACGCCAGGUACGCCAGGACAGAAGGGAGAGCAAGGUCCAAUAGGUUUUUCAGGUCAGCCAGGUGCUGUUGGGCCUGUGGGUCCAUCAGGUCCACAGGGUAAUAGGGGAUUUCCAGGUGAGAGAGGUCCACAUGGACCUAAAGGUGAUGCUGGUAUUAUUGGGGCACCUGGUGCAAAAGGUCAAAAGGGAGAUCAGGGACUACAGGGCUUUACAGGUAAACCAGGUAUUCCAGGGGCAUCAGGUCCGCAAGGUCCUCCUGGUGCUACAGGAUAUCAGGGUCCCAAAGGUGAGCGAGGUUAUACAGGGCCAACAGGCAGUCCAGGACCUAUAGGUCCAACAGGAUUGAAAGGCCAUACAGGUCCACAAGGCAUGCCUGGUAGCAGGGGUGAAAAUGGCCUUCCUGGAGCACGGGGACCGAUGGGCCCACCAGGAUCAGCUGGACCCUCAGGAGCCACAGGUAUUCCUGGUCCCCCUGGACCCCCUGGCCCAGCAGGACUUGUAACCAAAGGGCUUUCUGGUUCACAGGGUCCUCCAGGUUUCCCUGGUGCCAGAGGUCAGGAUGGUCGCCCAGGUUCACCUGGACCUCCUGGCCCACCUGGUCCACCAGGUGAGAUUGUUUAUUAUAAUGAGAAGAGCAUGCCAAUCAAAUCUGAGGUGUUCCCUGUCAGACAGGAGCUUAUAAAGCCAUCCAUGUCAGCCUUUACGGCUCUUUUGACCAGGGCUUACCCUAGCGCAGGAACACCAAUCGUGUUCAACCAGAUCGUGUACAAUGGAGAGAACCACUAUAACCCUAGCACCGGGGUGUUUACUUGUCAGGUUCCAGGAUUUUAUUACUUUGUUUUCCACAUGCAUGUCAAUGGGGCCAACGCCCUGGUUGCACUUUAUAAAAACAAUGAGCCAGUCGUGUUCUCUUAUGAUGAGUAUAAUAAGGGCUUCCUGGAUCAGAUGUCAGGCAGCACUGUGCUCAUGCUGCAUAUGGGCGAUACCGUCUAUAUCCAGGUUCCAGAUGACCAGUCCAAUGGCAUCUACGCUGACGAUAACGUUCACUGUUCUUUCACUGGUUUCUUGAUUGCCUCAACGUGAUCGAGAUGCCAAAUAAAUAAAACCUCAAAUUUUUUAAAGUAAACUUUUAGUUUUCUUUAAAAAGUGCUCUUCACAGUCUUAUUUAGUAAUAAAUGUAUUUUGUCAACCAAAUGUCUGUCCAUGUGAAAGAAAAGAUGUAACCCAUUUUUAUUUCAAGAAAAAAACACUGAAUUCACUUAGUGCUAAAUCAUACAAGAACAUGGUGCUCUGUAGUUGCUUUUAAAGGUCUUAAAAUAUGAUCGCUUGUGUGCUUUUGUCUUCAAAACUUGAUUUUUUUUAUAUGAAAUUUCUGGAUCACCAAAGUAUACAUGUACAAAAAUAUACUGAAAUAAAAACUGUAUGCAUUUAUUUGCAACAUUAAUAAUGCACGAGAUGUCUCACUUUAUGUACGUCCUUGUGAUCAACCAACAAUAAAAGUUAAAGUGUC